AUAUCUAUAUAAAAAAAAAGAGAGAUGCCACCAUCCACUCCCUUCUAACCUGCCUCACCAACUCACAUCUAGAAGCUAAAAUUAGGGUCACUGCCCUCUUUCUCUGUGUUUGUGCGUGAGUAUAAUAGUCAAAAGGUUAUAAAAACAGAACAGCAAGCGUAGAUUAUAGUGGUAGUAUAGUUUCCACACUAGCUGAAAAGGGUUUGGGUUGCUGAAUUAUGGGGAGGUCUCCUUGUUGUGAGAAAGCUCAUACGAACAAAGGUGCAUGGACCAAGGAAGAAGAUGAUCGUCUCAUUGCUUACAUUCGAGCCCAUGGUGAAGGUUGUUGGCGUUCGCUACCUAAAGCUGCUGGCCUUCUCCGUUGUGGUAAAAGUUGUAGGCUUCGUUGGAUCAACUACUUGAGACCUGACCUUAAACGUGGCAAUUUCACUAAAGAAGAAGAUGAGCUCAUUAUCAAGCUUCACAGCCUUCUUGGUAACAAGUGGUCUCUCAUAGCGGGGAGAUUACCAGGAAGAACUGAUAAUGAGAUAAAGAAUUACUGGAACACACAUAUAAGGAGGAAGUUAUUGAACCGAGGGAUUGACCCGGCGACUCACAGGCCGAUCAAUAAGGCUUCUCAGGAUGUAACGACGAUAUCUUUCAGUGGUGCCAAAGAAGAGAAAGAGAAGAUUAGUAACCCUAAUGGAUUCAUCAACAAAGAAGAAAAGAAAAUCCCAGUUCAAGAAAGCUGUCCAGACUUGAAUUUGGACCUCAGAAUUAGCCCUCCUUACCAUCAAACCACUCAACCAGAGCCAUUGAAAACUGGAGGAAGAACUCUUUGUUUUAUUUGCAGCAUAGGGGCUAAAAACAGCAAGGACUGCGCUUGCAGCAUCGACAGUAGUGCUGGUACCAGCAAUAGCAGUAGCAACAGCAGCAGCAGUGGCUAUGAUUUCUUAGGGUUGAAUUCAGGUUUAUUGGAUUAUAGAAGCUUGGAAAUGAAAUAAUUGAAAACAGGGAAGUUUGGAUUCUUAACUAUGUAGUUCAACAACCCCAAAAAAAUUUGGAGAGAAAUGAUAUGGAGAUUGUUAUUAGUUUUUAAAUCUCUUUCA